GCUCUCUGCUGGACUGGGGAAUCCCCACUGUAAACUGGAGACUCUGAGGCUGUCAGGCUGUCUAGUCACAGAGGAAGGCUGUGCUUCUCUGGUCUCAGCUCUGAGGUCAAACCCUUCACACCUGAGAGAGCUGGACCUGAGCUACAAUCACCCAGGAGACUCAGGAGUCAGACUGCUCUCUGCUGGACUGGAGGAUCCACACUGCAGACUGGAGAAACUCAAUGUGGAACAUGGUGGAGAGAACAGAAUGAAACCUGGACUUAGAAAAUAUGUCUGUGAUCUCACACUGGACCCAAACACAGUAAACAGACUCCUCUCUCUGUCUGAGGAGAACAGAAAGGUGACAUGUAGGACAGAGGAGCAGCCGUAUCCUGAUCACCCAGAGAGAUUUGAGGACUGUAGACAGGUGCUGUGUAGAGAGGGUCUGACUGGGCGCUGUUACUGGGAGGUAGAGUGGAGUGGGAGAGAGGCUGCUAUAGGAGUGACAUAUAAAGGAAUCAACAGGAGAGGAAUGGGUAGGGACUGUUGGCUUGGAUGGAAUGACAAGUCCUGGAGUCUGUUCUGCUCUGACAACAGUUACACUGCCUAUCACAAUUAUAAUCCCACUACCAUAGACGUCCCCCCCUCCAGCUCCCACAGAGUAGGAGUGUAUCUGGACUGGCCAGCCGGCACUCUGUCCUUCUAUAGAGCCUCCUCUGACACACUGACCCACCUGAUCACAUUCACCUCCACAUUCACUGAGCCCCUCUAUCCAGGGUUUAGGGUUUGUUGGGAAGGCGACUCAGUGUCCCUGAAAUAAUUACACACACACACACACACACACACACACACACACCCUAAACACACACACACACACACACCCUGAACACACACACACACACACACACACUGAACACACACACACACAAUUGGACACACACACACUGGACACACACACACACACACAUGCUGGACACACUGAACAGACACACACACAAUUGGACAAACACAUACACACGUACACUGGACAAACACACACACACACACACUGGACAAACACACACACAGACACUGGACAAACACACACACACACACACACACUGGACAAACACACACACACACACACUGGACAAAAACACACACACACAUGCUGGACACACUGAACAGACACACACACAAUUGGACAAACACAUACACACGUACACUGGACAAACACACACACACAGACACUGGACAAACACACACACACACACACACACUGGACAAACACACACACACACACACUGGACAAACACACACACACACACACAGACACUGGACAAACACACACACACACACACACUGGACAAACACAAACACACACACACACACACUGGACAAACACACACACACACACACACACACACACUGGACAAACACAAACACACAAACACACACACUGGACAAACACACACACACACACACACACACUGGACAAACACACACACGCACACUGGACACACACACACUGGACACACACACACUGGACAAACACACACUGAACACACUUGACAAACACACACACACUGGACAAACACACACACACACUGGACAAAAACACACACACACACACACAGAAACUGGACUCACACACACUGGACUCACAAGCACACACACACACACACACACACACUGGACAAAGACACACACACACACACACACACACACACACUGGACUCACACACACUGAACACACACACACUGGACUCACAAAAAACACACACACACACACACACACACACACACACACACACUGGACAAACACACACACACACACACACACACAUUGGACAAACAAAAAUACACACACACCCUGGACACACAAACAAACACACAAACACAAUUGGACACACACACACACUGGACAAAAACACACACACAUGCUGGACACACUGGACACACACACACACUGAACAGACACACACACAAUUGGACACACACACAAUUGGACAAACACACACACACACACACACUGGACAAACACACACACAGACACUGGACAAACACACACACACACACACACACACACUGGACAAACACAAACACACACACACACACACUGGACAAACACAAACACAAACACACACACACACACACACUGGACAAACACAAACACACACACACACUGGACAAACACACACACACACACACACAGACACUGGACAAACACACACACUCACACACUGGACAAACACACACACACACACACUGGACAAACAGACACACACACACUGGACAAAAACACACACAUACACUGGACAAACACAAACACACACACACACACACACUGGACAAACACAAACACACACUGGACAAACACACACACGCACACUGGACACACACACACUGGACACACACACACUGAACACACUGGACAAACACACACUGAACACACUGGACAAACACACUGGACUCACAAACACACACACACACUGGACACACACAGUGAACACACUGGACACACACACACACUGGACAAACA